CCACAACACAUCCCCAUCCCAUCCCACUGCUCACCCCUCGUCGUCCACAAUGGCUAAGAAGAAGAGCAAGCAGGUUAUCCGUCCCUGGUGCUGGUAUUGCGAGAGAGAGUUCGAGGAUGAAAAGGUCCUCAUGCAGCACCAAAAGGCGAAGCAUUUCAAGUGCAAUAUGUGCCCACGCCGACUGAACACCGCAGGUGGUCUCGCAGUCCACAUCCAACAAGUCCACAAGCUCGAGCCCGAAAAUCUUCCCCGCAUUGAUAACGCGCUCCCGGGACGAGACGGGUACGAAGUCGAGAUUUUUGGCAUGGAGGGCAUCCCCGCACCCGAUGUCGCCGACUACAAGCGUCGUAAGGAAAUCGAACUUGGCCUCGCAGCCGGCUCCAUCUCCCAACCUCAAGCCAAGCGCCCUAAAGUCGAGAACAAGCCACUCACUGAAGACGAGCUCAAGGCCCGCCUUGCCGCCCACAAGGCUCUCAUGGGUAUCGGCGCCGCCAACAACGCAUCCCAGAUGUCGCCUCCCCCCGAUAACGGCGGAGGGGCGGUGUAUGGUGCUCCUCCGCAAGCGUACGCUGCUCCGCCCAUGCCAGCGCCAGGCAUGGGGAUGUCUCCUCCCCCUGGAAUGCCGCAGCCCGGAGGCAUGCCCCCGCCGUUUGGCUUCCCGGCUGGGUCACCGCCGCCUCCGGGUAUGUUCCCUGGUGCACCUCCGUUCCCUCCGUUCCUCGGCGCCCCUGGGAUGCCACCUGGUCCGCCUCCCCCUGGUUUCCCAAUGCCACCCCCUGGUAUGAUGCCACCUCCAGGUAUGAUGAUGCACGGUGGUAUGCCUGGUGGUAUGCCACCCCCUGGUAUGUCUGGCUUGGGCCCACGACCCCCGAUGCCGCCGGCCCCUAGUUUUGUUCCCGCCAUCGGCUCGCCUGGCCAACCGAUGAACGGCAUUCUACCCACAUCAACGAACGGCUCUGGAACGCCGUCACAAGUUCUCCCAGGUGUUUCUCCCCCUCCUCCCGCAUCUGUUCCUUCCACAGCACCCCCUGCGUCUAACGUUGCAGCUGCCCCUCCUCCGCCGCUCAUACUCCCUCAUCCCGAGCUCGAGCAGAAGUAUGCCCCAUUCAAGAAACCGACGGAGCUCAAGUAUGCGGAUCCGAACUUCUCUCCCGAGGAGAAGCGUGCCCGCGUCACCAAGUACUACUAUGCUAAAGACGGCACGGCCACGGCCGAAGCGGCCUCCGAGGAAACAAGGGGCAAGAAGCGUGCUCGCGCGGAAGACUUUCUGUAGAGAGCGCCACAGGCGCUGGGAAGCUGCGUCGUAUCUUCCCUAUCGAUGGUUGAUCAUGGCAGAUUGAAGGUGUUUUCACGUGUCGGGAAUCAGGUGGAGGUUUUGCGAGCGGAGGCAUGGGUGCGGUGUUCGAGGCUCGGCUCAUCAGUCCGUCCAUCCAUCUGUUUCUCUUUCCGUCGUUGAGCCCGGUAUACUCAUCGCCGCUGUCUUGCGUUAGUCGGGCAGGGCAGGCGCAUAUAUCCACCCAUCACUCAUGAGCUGUGGUGCGAGUCUCUUCCAUCUUCCAUUGUUUCCUCUUUUCCCCUUGUUCCAGCGUAUCAUACAUUGUACUACGGUCGGUGCUUUUUAUCUGUCAUAAUCGAGACUCGUCCUGUCGAACGUCAGGUUGGUGAACGCUUGUUAUGAUUGUGAUGAGGUUUGUAUAGGCUAGAUCGGCAUGCCAGCCUAGUGGGCAGGACGUCUCCAGCACGUCAAGAUACAUAUGAGGGUUAGUCGUGUUUUUGAGUUUCCAACUUCGAGUUCUACCACAGGCAGAACAUCAAAGCGGAGUAACCAGUGGAGGACACAUCAGAAUCAG